AUGGGCUCAGAGAACAAGACGGGGGCCUCGGGGUUCAUCCUGCUGGGCCUGUCCAGUGAUUCCGAGCAGCAGCGGCUCCUCUUGGUGCUCUUCCUGACUCUGUACCUGGUCACCGUGGGGGGGAACCUGCUCAUUGUCCUUGCCAUUGGCACCGACUCGCACCUCCAGUCCCCCAUGUACUUCUUCCUCGCCAACCUGUCCCUGGUCGACGUCUGCUUCUCCUCCACCACCGUCCCCAAGAUGCUGACCAACAUGCAGACCAGCAGCCCAGCCAUCUCCUAUGUCGGCUGUCUGAGCCAGUUAUACUUUUUUCUUAUUUUUUCGGAUCUGGACAAUUUGCUCCUGGCCGUGAUGGCUUACGACCGCUUCAUGGCCAUCUGUCGGCCCCUGGACUACGCCACGGCCAUGGGCCCCCAGCGCUGUGUCCUGCUGGUGGCUGCCUGUUGGGUCAUUACUAAUCUCAUCUCCCUGUUACACACCAUCCUGGUGACAAAACUUUCCUUCUGUGCUGACCGCACCAUCCCCCACUUCUUCUGUGACCUGGCCCCGUUGCUGCAGCUGUCCUGCUCGGACACCUCGGUCAAUGAGCUGGUGGUUUUGAUCGUAGGGGGGUCGUCCAUUGCAAUUCCCUUCACUCUUAUCCUGAUCUCCUACAUCCGCAUCAUUGCCGCCGUCCUCAGGGUGCCCUCGGCCAGAGGAAGAUUCAAAGCCUUCUCCACCUGUGGCUCCCACCUGGCUGUGGUCUCUCUCUUCUACGGGACCAUUGUCGCCGUCUACUUCUUGCCUUCGUCUACACAGUCACCUGGAAAGGACUCAGUGGCGGCGGUGCUGUAUGCGGUAGUGACCCCCCUGCUCAACCCCUUCAUCUACAGUCUGCGAAACCGCGACCUGCAUGGAGCCUUGCGCCGGGCGCUCUGCAGUUGGAACCUGGCCCCAGCCCUAUAG